GCCAUGGCCUUCGCCACCCGCCACUUCGUGCGCGCCGCUUCCUCCGCCGCCGCCACGGCGGCCGCCAAGAAGCUGAUCGUCAAGCAUGUGACGGUCAUCGGCGGCGGCCUCAUGGGCGCCGGCAUCGCCCAGGUUGCAGCAGCCAGUGGUCACACUGUGGUGUUAGUUGACCAGUCAGAGGAAAUCCUUAAGAAAUCUACAAAAGGAAUUGAAGAGAGUUUGAAGAGAGUGACAAAGAAGAAGUUUGCGGAUAAGCCUGAGGCUGGUGCUGAGUUCAUUGAGAAGACCUUAAAGAACCUCACAACAAGCACAGAUGCAGUAGCAGUGGUCCACAGCACGGAUUUGGUGAUAGAAGCUAUUGUCGAGAACCAGGAAAUUAAAAAUGAACUCUUCAAGCAGCUGGAUAAGUUUGCUCCAGAGCAUACAAUAUUUGCAAGCAACACUUCAUCCUUGCAAAUCACACAGUUGGCUAACUCAACCACCAGGCAGGACCGAUUUGGUGGUCUCCAUUUCUUCAAUCCUGUGCCUAUGAUGAAGCUUGUGGAGGUCAUUAAGACUCCAAUGACCAGCCAGAAGACUUUUGAGUCACUUGUGGAUUUCAGUAAAGCAGUAGGAAAGAGUCCUGUCAGUUGUAAGGAUACUCCAGGGUUUAUUGUGAACCGUCUGUUGGUGCCAUAUAUGAUGGAAGCUGUUAGACUUUUUGAGAGAGGAGAUGCAUCGAAGGAAGAUAUUGAUGUUGCUAUGAAGCUUGGAGCUGGCUAUCCCAUGGGUCCAUUUGAACUGCUGGACUAUGUUGGGUUGGAUACCAGUAAAUACAUUAUAGAUGGAUGGCAUUCAUUAGAGCCCAACAACCCUCUUUUUGCACCCAGCCCACUCCUGAAUAAACUGGUACAAGAAAAGAAGCUGGGUAAGAAGACUGGAGAAGGAUUUUACAAAUACAAAUGAACUUCAAACCUUGAGAGGUGCUGAAUGAUCUGUGUAUGCUAUUCAGCAUUGUUAUAUUACAGGUGAAUUGUGUUUAAACCUUCCCAAGGAUGGCACAAGCUGCUUUUAGAACAUAUAACCCACCUCUGAACUGAGUGAUUGCACUAGCUAACUAUUUUUAUGGUAAAAGCUUAAUUUGGUAGAUUAUUUUUUUUCUUGUAAUUCUGAAAAGCCUUAUAUGUACAGUGCCUUCAUGCAAAUGCUGAUUUUCCAGGUGCAGGACAGAAUGCAAAGCAAAUGUAUGUAUUUGAAACAUUAUUAUGUUGACAGGAAAAUCCUGAAAAUAACCGCACUUUCUUAAAAAUAAAAUUUUCAACAGUUCUGUAUUGAA